AAGUAGUAUACUUGUGCCAACAUGAGUUGAAGCCAUCUCUGCAACAAUGACUCCUACUCUUUCACUUCUGCUUGCCACCACUUCCAUGGCUCUGCUCUUAGUUUCAAGAGCUGUAGCACAUGACACUCUGUCAUUGGGAUCCUCUCUAGCCGUCGAAGCCUUCGAAACCGACAUACUGCAAUCGCCAGAUGGCACCUUCUCCUGCGGCUUCUACUGCAUCUACACCAACGCCUUCACAUUUUCGAUAUGGUACUCCAAGGCGGCAAACAAAACCGUCGUCUGGAGUGCAAAUCGCGACCGCCCUGUCCAUGUCAAAAGGGCAGCCUUCACCUUGCAGAAGGAUGGCAAUAUGGUCCUCAAAGAUUACGAUGGCGCGGCUGUGUGGCAAGCCGGUGGCAACUCCACAAAUGUUCAGCAUGCUCAGCUGUUGGAUACUGGUAAUUUCGUCUUGAAGGAUACCGAUGGUAAGGUAAUAUGGCAAAGUUUUGAUUCACCCACAGACACUUUACUACCAACACAGCGCAUGACUGCUUCUACAAAGUUAGUGCCUACAACCCGGUCACAUGUUUCUGGUAGCUACAUAUUCCGUUUCAGUGAUCUAUAUGACAUUCCUGAAGUUUCGGAUAUAUACUGGCCAGACCCUGACCAGACUCUCUAUCAGGAUAAUAGAAACCAGUAUAACAACACUAGAUUGGGGAUUUUGGACAGUAAUGGGAGUUUUGGGUCGAGUGAUUUUGCUGAUGGUCAACCACUGGUGGCCUGUGAUGCAGGGCCAGGGAUUAAGAGAAGGCUAACUCUAGACCCUGAUGGUAAUCUCCGGUUGUAUAGCUUGAAUGACUUAGAUGGGUCAUGGUCAGUUUCAAUGGCAGCAAUGUCUCAACCUUGCAACGUCCAUGGCUUAUGCGGUCCUAAUGGAAUCUGUCACUACUCACCUAAACCUACAUGUUCAUGUGCACCAGGCUAUGUGAUGAGCAACCCUGGUAAUUGGACUGAAGGCUGUAGGGCUAUUGUCAACAUAACAUGUGAUCAUCAGGAACCUAUGAAGUUUGUGAAGCUCAAGCAUACAGAUUUUUGGGGCUCUGAUCAGAAACAUUUGCUCUCGGUUUCCUUUUAUUAUUGUAGGAAUACCUGCAUGAGUGACUGCACCUGCAAAGGCUUUCAAUACCAGGAAGAUACAAGGUCAUGCUACCCAAAAGCUAGCCUUUUCAGUGGACGGACCUACCCAACAAACGAUGUGCGGACAAUAUAUCUCAAGCUCCCUGCCAGGGUAAAUGUUUCAAAUACAACUUUCCCUCGCUCCGACGUGUUUGAUCCUGCACCACCUCGUCUUGACUGCAACCAGAUGAGCAUACCACCAAUUCUAGAAGUGCAUAGCACCAGUGUGGAAGAGUCAAAGUGGUUAUACUUCUACGGUUUCAUAGUUGCAUUUUUCGUUGUUGAAGUUUCCUUUAUAGCAUUCGCAUGGUUCUUUGUUUUAAGAAGAGAGCUUAGGCCAUCUGAAGUAUGGGCAGCCGAGGAAGGAUACAAGGUGAUGGCUAGUCAUUUUAGAAGAUACAGUUACAGAGAACUUGUGAAGGCGACGACGGAUUUCAAGGUCGAGCUAGGAAGGGGAAGCUCAGGCGUGGUGUACAAGGGUGUCCUAGAAGAUGAAAGACCGGUUGCUCUGAAGAAGCUGAAGCAUAUAAGUGGUGGCAAAGAAGAGUUCCAGGCUGAGCUGAGUGUGAUUGCUAGGAUUUACCACAUGAAUCUAGUGAGAAUAUGGGGUUUUUGCUCAGAAGGAUCCCACAGGCUGUUGGUUUGUGAAUAUGUCGAGAAUGGCUCACUGGCUACCAUUUUAUUCGGUGACAAAAGCAGCAUCUUGCUGAACUGGAAGCAACGGUUCAAUGUUGCAGUAGGUGUUGCGAAAGGAUUGGCCUAUCUUCACCAUGAGUGCCUAGAAUGGGUCAUUCACUGUGAUGUGAAACCCGAGAAUAUACUCUUGGACCAAAACUUUGAGCCUAAGAUCACCGACUUUGGGUUGGCAAAGUUACUAAACCGAGGUGGAUCCACCGAGAACACGUCUCAUGUGCGAGGGACAGCGGGCUACAUUGCUCCCGAGUGGAUCUCCGGCCGCCCUAUCACGUCGAAAGUCGAUGUGUACAGCUACGGGGUCGUGCUUCUCGAGCUUUUAUCUGGAAGCAGAGUCUCGGAGCUGACCGUUGGUUCAGAUGCAGAGGUGCACAUGGUGCUCAGGAAGCUUGUCACAGUGCUUGCGGAUAAACUGGAAGGAAAUGAUGAUUCCUGGAUUGAUGAAUUUGUGGAUUGCAAAUUGGGUGGGCAGUUCAGCUAUGUGCAGGCUAGAACAUUGAUCAAAAUGAUCGUUUCUUGUUUGGAGGAAGAUGCAAGAAAGAGGUCGACUAUGGAAUCUGUUGUUCAGACUCUCCUAUCAUCUGAUGAAGCUGAUAAGUAGCAGGAGUAGUAAUUUGAUUUUGUUGGUGUGUUUUAAAUACGGCAACAAUAGUUUAUUUUAAGGUCAAGUAUGUAUGAGUGAAACAAUGUGGAAAAUCUGUGAUCUUUUUUCUAGUUGUAGUCAUUGAUAAAAUAAUGUAAUAGACCGAUAAAAAAAAUAUUGUGUUAAAGCCAUGACAAUUAAUAUGGA